AUGGCUCUGUCAGUCCUUACUUCGGGCUCUUCCAGACAGCUUUCCUCAUAUAGCAUUGGAGGUGGUGGUGGUGGAGGGUCUGUCAGAUUAUCUAGUGGUGGAGGAUUUAGUAGUGGAUUUGGUAGUGGUUCCAAAUAUGUUGGGGGAUACAGUGGAGCAGGUUAUGCUGGAGGAAGCCUUGUUGGAGGUGGAUUGGGUGGAGGGUUUGGUGGAGGUUCUGGUGGGGGCUUGGGCAGUGGCUUGGGUGGAGGCUUUUCAAGUAGCAGCUUUGCGGGUGGCUUUGGUGGUGGCUAUGGAAGUAGCCUUGGUAGUGGUUAUGGAGGUGGCUUUGGUGGUGGCAUUGGAGGGGGAGAUGUUGGUCUCCUUUCUGGGGGUGAGAAGCAGACCAUGCAGAAUCUCAAUGACCGCCUUGCUAACUACUUGGGCAAAGUACACGCUCUUGAAGAGGCAAACACAGAACUUGAACUCAAAAUCAAAGAAUGGUAUGCCAAGUACAGCAUCCCUGACACCACUCGAGACUACAGCAAGUAUAUGAACAUCAUUGAAGAUCUGCGGGGCAAAAUACUUAGACAAACCAUUGAAAAUGCUGGGAUCAUUUUGCAAAUCGACAAUGCUCGCCUAGCUGCUGAUGAUUUCAAACUCAAGUAUGAAAAUGAACUCUUCCUGCACCAGAAUGUGGUGAAUGAUAUCAAUGGCCUGAGGAGAGUCUUGGAUGACUUAACCAUGCAUAGGUCUGACCUAGAGCUGCAGAUCGAAAGCCUAAAUGAGGAGCUUGCUUACCUCAAGAAGAACCAUGAGGAGGAACUAAAGAGCUUCCGAGGAGCAUCUAGUGGGGAUGUCAAUGUUGAAAUGGAUGCUGCUCCAGGAGUUGACUUGACUAAAUUGCUGAAUGAAAUGAGAUCCCAGUACGAGUCACUUGCAGAGAAGAAUCGUCAAGAGGCAGAAGAUCGAUUCAACCAACAGGUUGGAGCUCUGAGGCAAGAGAUUUCUGCUAAUGUGGAUCAGCUAAGCUCAAGCAAGAGUGAAAUUACAGAGCUGAGACGUACCAUACAAGGGCUCGAACUGGAACUUCAGGCCCAGCUUGCCAUGAAACAAUCCCUUGAAGGCACUUUGUCAGAAACAGAACGGAACUACUGUGAUCAGCUCAACCAAAUUCAGGGUCAGAUAGCUGGCAUAGAAGAACAGCUUUUCCAACUCCGGUCUGAAAUGGAGACCCAGAAUUCAGAGUACCAGCAGCUUUUAGGGAUCAAGACACGUCUGGAGCAAGAGAUUGAGACCUACCGCCGCCUACUGGAUGGAGAAGGGGGUAGCUUUGGAGUUUCUUAUGGAUCUACAAGCUAUAGUUCUAUGGGAUCAGGAAGCUCUGGCACAGAUUCUAAAAAAACCAGAAAGAUUAAGACAGUUGUGGAAGAAAUUGUUGACGGCAGAGUCGUUUCAUCCCAGGUCAAAUCAGUUGAGGAGAAGCAAGCAACAUAAAUGCCAAUGACCUUUACUUUUAAUACAUGUCCCAGCUGGGAAGCAAAAGAAGACAAUGCUUUCAAGAAUUAUGCAGAAAAACAGUUUAUCCCUUUUUAAAAAAUUCUUUUUACGUUUCUCUCCUCUGCUCACCUUUCUUUAAGCAAUCUCCA